AUGGACUUGAGGAGGGCCGAGCGUAAUCUCAAGAUACUUGGCGAUGCGAACUCGGACGAGGACAUGCCUGUGGCGCACAGCGUCGAAGAAACACAGGGGCAAGCACUUUUCAGCGAGUCCGAUGAGGCCGAUGCCGAGGAAGACGCGGCGGAGAGCCCGCAGUCAGGCGUCGGCGGCAGGACCACCACGGCCGAGAGUGGCGGAGAGGAGCAUAGGGAGCAGGUAUUCCUAUCCACGCAGGUGCAGGGGCGCAUAGAUGAGUUUGAGGCGACAGAGGGCGCUCGGCGGCAGUUCCGGCAGUUGGUGACGGGCUUCACAUACGCACAAGAAGACGGCGAGGCGAACGCGGGCGGACGCACAGCCAAACGGGUUCCGAAGGUGCGACGCACGCGGCGCAACAACACCAAGGUCCGCAGCCUGACGGAGUUCAACACAGAAAACUUCGAGCGGCUGCGAAAGGAAGACCGGGCGCGCAGCCUGCUGACCAUGCUGUCGGGAAAGACGCAGAAGGUAAACAACCUGCUGCGGGGUCUGCAACAAGAGCGCUCCAGGGAGCGCGCGUUCCAUGGGUGCUCGGUCUACAAUGAGGGGGAGUGGCGCGAGAUCGUGCGCCUGCUCCACGAGCGGCUGCCCAAGGCCACGCGCUCGGACGUCGCCUGCAUCAAGAGCUACGUCUACGGCGACGGGCUGGACGAAACCCCCUGGUGCGCCUCCCAUGCACGCCCCCCGGACUGCCCCGCGCAGUCGCAGGAACGCCAGGGCACGUGCGGGCCGGGCGACGACGAGCUGCGCAUCUUCACGCUCUCGCAGCUGCUGGAGGACCAGUCCGCGUCCGAAGAUGUCAUCCCCGAUAGCAUGGAUGCGGGCGACGCGGUCAGCCUGGGCUCCCCGCAGCCCCAGGCAGGCCUCUCGCAGCACAGCUUCUGCCCAGAUUCCACCGCAACGUCGCCCCUGCGCCCGCCCGCUACCCCCUUGACGCGCGCGCCCGCCUCCCCACUCCCCGUCCGCGUGUACACCGCGCCCGCCUCCCCGCUUGACUACAUUCCCGACAGCGAGGAUGACCCCUACGUCCUCCAGGGCCCCAGCCAGGCCCGCAGCCCGCCCUCCCUGCUGGAGGUCAGACGCACGCUCAAAAAUAUAGGGGUGCGCCCGGGCCGCUCAGCCGCUGCCGUCCGAAAAGCCGCUGCGGCCGUCGCCCGCAUUGAGGCCGCCUCCGACGCCGCCAGUCUCGGCACGGCUUCCGACGCCGACCGUCGCUCCGCCCUUUUUCUACGAAUGACUGCGCUUGUCCGUCGCAGUCCGCGCCUGCUGGCACACAUCUACUGUCUGCGGCCUGUCGCGCUUGACGACCUCCGCGCGGUCCUCGAGGCAGACGAUGACUUCAUUGCCCUUCUGGACGACUCACUUAUCCGCCAGUGGGCUGACUUCACCGGGAUCUGCGUGAAAAACGAUACCUCGGAUUCACAACGUCCCCCGCAGCCACUGGAAUCCCAGUGA